UGUCAAAUUGACUGUCAAUUCACAGCUGUUUUAAAUGAUGGUGUGUUUAUCUGUAAAAUGAUUGAAUAUAACAAUUUUCUGGAUAGCGACGAAGUCAGUAAAACGAGUUUUAGUGUGUUUGUGGCUAUACUGUACAUGAAAGUGUUAUACAUUUUGGUUUUAACAUUAUACGCUCUACACAGGCUCAAUGAUUUUUUCUUUUAUAUUUAGUUAUGGUUUUUAUUAAGAAGCCUUCCAUGCUUGAAAAACCUUGGGUUCUUUCAAGCAAUAAUGAUAAAAAUGUUGUUUCUAUCGAGGAGGAUGUAACAAGGGAGUUAACUAAUUACCAACUACUGGGGAUUAAUUUUUUGUACCAAAAUUAUAAGGCUAAGUUGCAAGGUGCUAUUUUAAAUGAAGAAGAUGGUAUGAAUAUGAUUUUGCAAGUUUGCAGUUUUUUAAACUCAAUUUCAAAGGAUUUUAAUGGUAAUUUUUUAAUUUUGGUGGUUUGCCCUGAUGAUUUAAUAAAAUAUUGGAGGUAUCAUCUAAGUUUGCAUUCUAAAUUGGAAGUUAUUCAAGUGAAUUCAGAAAGUAAUUUUGAAGAUUUUAAUGGGAAAAAACUUGCUUUAUUAUUAGGUUUUUCAAAUCUAAACCUUGUGGACAAUUUAGUUGAUAAUGAGUAUUUUUCUGUUAUAUUUGAUGAUUUUGAUUUGGUUGCCAAUAAGAGGAAUGUUAAGAAGUUGACGAGUAGCUUUAAUAUUGGUUUAACUAAAAGGAACUUUAUUUUAAACAAAGAUCAGAAAUUAAAAUGGACUAUGUUAAAUUGGAGCAAUAAGGGUUGUGUUGGUAAAUUGUCAGAAUUUUAUGAUGUUGAUAAAAAUAAUUUGGAAAAAUUAAGGGAUAAUUACCGACAUUGGUGGUUUAGACUUACUUGGAAUUAUUGUGAGUCCUUUAAAAAAUAUAAUUUUAAUGAAUUGAAUGAAUAUAAUAAAAAAGUUAAAAAUUAUUCAUUAUUAGGGGGUAAUAAGAGUUUAGAAAGCAAUGUAAGUCCUAAGGCAAAAAAAGUUAAAAAUAGUAAAUACACCCCUUUAGAUAUUGAGGAAUACAGUAAACCAGUAACUGAAAAAAAGACAAAAACAAAUAAUGAAGAAGUUUCCCCAAGUAAAAGUUGUGAAAAAACGUUGGAAGAAUUAAAAAAGAGCCCGAAAAAAUUCCAAUUCAUAGACUGCACAAACAAAGUAAAGUACUCACCGAAUAAACAGCAAAAACAACUGAAACGUCCAAGCUCUGAGGAAGAUUUGGAAAAAGGUUUCGAAAAAGAACCUGAAACUGAAAUUGUACCCCUAAAGGAUUUUUUCAAGCACAGUUAUUCUCCCACUAAAAAACACAAAACCACGGAAGAACUGCCGAAAACACAAGUUGAGAAAGCAACUUGUUCAAAACCAGAGGAUUCAGUUUCUUUAACACAAAAAGUAUCCCCAAUAAAAUCUCAGUCAAUUGCAGAUGAUGAUGAUGAAAUUGAAAGAUUGUUAAGAGAAACUGAUGAGUUAUUAGGUGAGGAUUAGUCAAUUUUUAUUACACUACCACACACAUAAUCCUUGAUAUUCUGACAUGCUGUUUUUAUCAAAUAUCAUAUUAUAAUAAUUAAAAACUUGAGAAAUAAAAAAAGUUUGUCAGAUUAUCAAGCGCAAUUUUUUUUAACCAAUGAUUUCAUUACCCAGUAUUCUUUCUGUGAUUAUUAUUUACAUUAUAAACGUUGUAGUACAUAUAAAAUACUAGUAGAUUUAUUAUAGUUGUUGAAAAAUUUAAGACUAGAAUUCACAGAGACUGUUCCAAAAAUGUUUUUUAAAAAUUAGGCUCAUCUUUUUAAGCUGUGAAUUUUAUAUAGAAUCUUUAUUGGGACAUUUAAAUUUAUAUUAUAUCUUUAUUUCUAUUGCAUUAAAUAAAUGUUUCUAAC